UGCCUCGAGCAGGCUCGGUAGUGUAUACCGACUGUGUGGAUCUGUCAGAGGUGGCUCCACACGCCCUCACGCCCUCACUCACUCACUCACUCAUGGGCCUGCAUUGAAAUGCAAGCACUCUCAUGGACAGCGUCAAAAGAGGAAUGGAAGCAAACGGCACCAAAUCGAUGGAGGUGCUGGUGAGUGAGCUGGGCGUCCUGCUGAAGAUGCUGGACCAGGAGAGCCUCAGCUCCUCCACGCAGGAGAAGAAGGCCUCCGUUUGGAACCUCCUGCAGCAGAUCCAGCCAUCAGUUUCAGGUACAGACUACAUCUACAUGAACUCAGCCGUGUACAGAAAUGGAACCAGCUUCGUAGAGUCCCUCUUUGAGACGUUCGACUGCGAGCUCGGCGGCCUAAAGGAUGUCACAGAUCAUCUGAAAGAAGACAAGAUCACACCGACUGGCGCCUUAAAUCAGCAAAACUGCGCGGACUCGCCGGCCCCGCCGCGCCUGCAGGCCUCUCCUCCCCCUCUGCCCACAACUCCUCCUCCCGAGGAGUACUAUGAGGAGGCGGUGCCCCUUAGUCCCGGCGAGUUGCCCGAGUACAUCAUCACGCGAGUCAGGCCGAGCCCCCCCAACUCCAUGGAGGAUGGCUAUGAAGAUGCUGAAAACAACUACCCCUCGACCUGCAUAAACACCCAGCGCAAAAACUCCUACAACGACUCCGAUGCUCUGAGCAGCUCCUACGAGUCCUACGAGGAGGAGGAGGACGAGAGGGGGCCCGGGGUCCGGCUCACUCACCAGUGGCCCUCGGAGGAGAGCUCCAUGCCUCCUGCCAGGGACUGUCGCAUCUGCGCCUUCCUGCUGCGCAAGAAGCGCUUCGGCCAGUGGGCCAAGCAGCUCACCGUCAUACGGGAGAACCGACUCCAGUGCUACAAGAGCUCCAAGGACGCAAGCCCCUACGUGGACAUGCUCCUGCCGCAGUGCGCCGUGGUCUACGCACCGAAAGACGGCAAGAGGAAGCACCACGAGCUCCGCUUCACGUUGCCCAACGGCGACGCGCUGGUGCUGGCCGUGCAGAGCCAGGAGCAGGCCCGCAGGUGGCUCCGGGUCGUGAGAGAGGUGAGCGGCCAGAGUGCCGGCCCAGAGGGAUCUGCGUCUCCCGCCACUCCGAGGAAAACUGAGCUCGACAAGAGGCUUUCUGCAGAGAGGAACACGUCGGACUCGGACAGUGUGGGUGUGUCCACUGUGGAGAACUGCAAAGAGAGCGGCAAAGUGAAGCGGGGCGCCUUCGCUGCGGGCCGCAAAAUCACACGCAUCAUCAGCUUCUCCAAGAAGAAGCCCCCUCGGCCGGGGGAUCUGCAGACCUCCUUCACCGACCCUCGACAAGGCUACGUGUCGGUGCUGGUGAAUCAGGUGUGGAGGAGUCAGUGGUGCUGCGUGUGCAGGGGCUCCCUGCACUUCUACAACGACAAAGGGGACGCUCGGACCUUCCUGCCCUCACUUCCUCUCCGCGGCUGCGACGUGGUCCCCGGCCUGGGACCCAAGCACCCCUUCGCCUUCCGCAUCGUACGCCACUGCACGGAGGUGGCUGCUCUGGAGGCCGGCAGCUCCGAGGAACUCGGGAGGUGGCUCGGCGUCCUGUUGGCGGAGACGGGCUGCGCGACGGAUCCCGAGUCGCUGCAUUACGACUACGUCGACGUGGAAACCAUCGCCAACAUCCGCGACGCUGCGCGGCAUUCCUUCCUGUGGGCCACGUCCUCCGGCAGUUCCUACACAGACUCCAGGACGUACGAUGAGGUCCCGAAUGAGGACAUGCAGUCAGGGGAGAACGGCAGACAGCAGUCUGGGAAUCAAGGGAAAAGGCGCUCGAGUUUCUCCAGCAGCGACUCGGACAGGACGAAGCCUUCAGUCUCCCUCAAACGAACGGGCUCCAACGCCAACCAGUACGGACGCUAUGGGAAAACGCGAGCAGAGGAGGACGCCAAGCGCUACACGAAGGAGAAAGGGGAGCUGGAAAGGGAGCGGGACGGGAUACGCAACGCGCUCGUGACCCUGCGGAAGGAGAAGAGGGAGCUGAAGGAGGAGCUGAAGACGGCCUCUGAGAGGAGGAAGCUGUCCCUCAACAAGCGGAUGUCCCAGCUGGAGGACGCCUGUCGAGCCAAGGAGGCGGAGCGGGUGGACCUGGAGCUCCGGCUCACUCAGGUCCAAGAGAACCUCAAGAAGAGCCAGGCCGGCGGAGCGCUGGGCGCGCCUGUUGAGGCCAAACCUCCGGUUAAGGCCUCCAGCAAAAAGAAGCAGAAUAUCUACAGCGACUCGUUGCCGGUGAACUGCGCGGCAGAGAUGCGCCGGAGGCCUCUGUCGGUUUACGCUUCCGCUUCGGGGACCGUGAUGCAGAAGGCGAAGGAAUGGGAGUCAAAGAAAAAGACCUAAGAGCAGCAUUGUGAAGAAUGAAUGGAUAUCAAGGAUGACGUCACAUUCGCAGACUUCUACUGAGGAAACCAACCGUAAUGAAAGAAAUCAGCCACUAGGUGGAGGCACAACUCCCUGAAUAUUUCCUCAUGUGACUUCCUACGGAUGCCCGGACGGCCUGCUCACUGUCUCCGGGGACACAUUUUAUUCAAAUGUGGUGAAAAGACAAAAAGGAAAAGUUUUGUGUGAGAAAAACACAAGAAAGAACACGUUUGUAAAGCGAAUUGCAUGUUGUUCUACUGCUAGACAAAAAGGGUGUGCGUGUCGCACACAGUGAAAUGUUUAAUUCAUCACGUCGAGGCUCUAUAUAUGUAGUGUUUGGGAAAUAAGUGGACGGCGAUGGUUUAAGCCAAAAUGUGCCUUUUUAUAUAGCGUGUUUUUUUUUUACUACUGUUACUGUGUUUUAUGGUUCUUUUAUGUCCGUUACUCAUCAUCAUCAUCACCAACCUUCAGUCAUGUGCCAUUGAGGGUGUUCUCGUUUCUUUGGACAGCACUUAUUGGCUCCUCCUCUAGGAAAAAAAAAAAAAAAACUUGUGUAACUUUAUCAACUCUUCUGGUUCCAACCUGUGGAUGACUUGUGCACUUUACUGUUCUCCAACCUGGGAAUAAUAAAUGUGUCUUAUUCUCACG